CUGUGGAAUACCCCACAAGCUCAGGACUCCAAUCAAGCUUCAAUAGACAAGCAACCCUUCUCACCCCGGAUUUCAAGAUGGCAAAGAAGGCAGACGGUGCCCUGAGCGAGGAUGAGAAGUUCCUCUUCUUGGACAAGAACUUCAUUAACAGCCCGCUGGCACAGGCCGACUGGGCUGCCAAGAAGCUGGUGUGGGUCCCAUCUGAGAAGCAGGGCUUCGAGGCAGCCAGCAUCAAGGAGGAACGUGGGGAUGAGGUGGUGGUGGAGCUGGCUGAGAAUGGGAAGAAGGUCACCAUCAACAAGGACGACAUCCAGAAGAUGAACCCUCCCAAGUUCAGCAAGGUGGAGGACAUGGCUGAGCUCACCUGCCUCAACGAGGCCUCCGUGCUGCACAAUCUGAGGGAAAGAUACUUCUCCGGGCUCAUCUAUACAUAUUCAGGUCUCUUCUGCGUGGUCGUGAACCCCUACAAAAUGCUGCCCAUCUACUCUGAGAAAAUCAUUGAAAUGUACAAGGGAAAGAAGCGCCACGAGAUCCCUCCACAUAUAUACUCCAUUGCCGACAAUGCGUACAGGAGCAUGUUACAAGAACGUGAAGACCAGUCUAUCCUCUGCACAGGUGAGUCUGGAGCGGGCAAGACAGAGAACACAAAGAAGGUGAUUCAGUACCUGGCUGUGAUCGCGUCCUCCCACAAAGGCAAGAAGGAGACCAACAUCACUCAACAGCCGGGAGCGCAGUUUGGUUUCGGGGAACUGGAGAAGCAACUGCUCCAGGCCAAUCCCAUCCUGGAAGCUUUCGGGAAUGCCAAGACCAUCAAGAACGACAACUCUUCCCGAUUCGGUAAAUUCAUCCGCAUCAACUUUGACGUGACUGGCUACAUUGUGGGAGCCAAUAUUGAGACCUAUCUGCUGGAGAAAUCCCGCUGUAUCCGUCAAGCCAAGAUCGAGAGAGCCUUCCACAUCUUCUACUAUCUGCUGGCAGGGGCUGGAGAGCAGCAACGCAAGGAUCUGCUGCUGGAAGGAUUUGGGGAUUAUCGCUUCCUCAUGGCAGGGCACGUUCCUGUCCCAGGAGCAUCAGACAGUGAGAUGUUUGAGGAGACUGUGGAGGCCAUGACCAUUAUGGGUUUCAACGAGGAAGAGCAGACAGGCAUCUUGAAGAUUGUCUCCUCAGUUCUGCAGCUUGGAAACAUCGAGUUCAAGAAGGAGAGGAACAAUGACCAGGCCUCCAUGCCUGAUAACACAGCUGCCCAGAAAGUGUGCCACCUGCUGGGGAUAAGUGUGACAGAUUUCACACGAGCCAUCCUCACCCCACGUAUCAAAGUGGGUCGCGAAGUGGUCCAGAAAGCACAGACCAAAGAGCAGGCAGACUUUGCUGUGGAGGCCCUGGCCAAGGCAAAGUACGAUCGUCUGUUCAAAUGGAUUCUGGCUCGCGUCAACAAGGCACUCGACAAAACCAAGAGGCAAGGGGCGUCUUUCCUGGGCAUCUUGGAUAUCGCCGGCUUCGAGAUCUUUGAGGUGAACUCCUUCGAGCAGCUCUGCAUCAACUUCACCAACGAGAAGCUGCAGCAGCUCUUCAACCACACCAUGUUCAUCCUGGAGCAGGAGGAGUACAAGCGAGAGGGCAUCGAGUGGAACUUCAUCGACUUCGGCCUGGAUCUGCAGCCCUGCAUCGAGCUGAUUGAGAGACCGAAUAACCCCCCUGGUAUCCUGGCACUGCUGGACGAGGAGUGCUGGUUCCCCAAGGCAACAGAUACAUCCUUUGUGGAGAAACUCUGCUCUGAGCAAGCCAACCACCCCAAGUUCCAGAAGCCCAAGCAGCUCAAGGACAAGACUGAGUUCUCGGUGUUGCACUACGCCGGCCAGGUUAAUUACAAUGCCAGUGAAUGGCUGACAAAGAACAUGGACCCCCUAAAUGACAACGUCACCGCCCUCCUGAACAACUCCUCCAGCCAGUAUGUGGCGGACCUCUGGAAAGAUGUCGACCGCAUUGUUGGGCUGGAUCAGAUGACGAAAAUGUCAGACAGCUCUGCGCCUAGCGCCUCCAAGACCAAGAAGGGCAUGUUCCGCACAGUGGGCCAGCUAUACAAAGAGAGCUUGACCAAGCUGAUGACCACUUUGAGGAACACCAACCCCAACUUUGUGCGGUGCAUCAUCCCCAACCACGAGAAGAGGUCUGGGAAGCUGGACGCUAACCUCGUCCUGGAGCAGCUUCGUUGCAAUGGCGUCCUGGAAGGGAUCAGAAUCUGCCGACAAGGCUUCCCCAACCGUGUCAUCUUCCAGGAGUUCCGACAGAGAUAUGAAAUUCUGGCUGCUGGGUCUAUUCCUAAAGGCUUCAUGGACGGCAAACAGGCCUGUGCUAUUAUGAUCAAAGCCCUGGAGCUGGACCCAAACCUCUACCGGAUUGGUCAGAGCAAGAUUUUCUUCCGCACGGGAGUGCUGGCUCACCUGGAAGAGGAGCGAGACAUGAAGGUCACCGUCGUCAUCAUUGCCUUCCAGGCCCAGGCCCGUGGCCACCUCGCUAGGAAGGCAUUCGCUAAGAGACAGCAGCAGCUGACCGCCAUGAAGGUGAUCCAGAGAAACUGUGCUGCCUACUUGAAACUGCGCAACUGGCAGUGGUGGAGACUGUUCACCAAGGUCAAGCCACUGCUGCAGGUCACCCGACAGGAGGAAGAAAUGCACUUGAAAGAAGAUGAGUUGCACAGAACUAAAGAGUUGUAUCAAAAGACAGAGACUGAACUGAAGGAUCUGUCUCAGAAACAUACACAGCUGGUAGAGGAGAAGAAUCACCUCCAGGAGCAGCUGCAGGCGGAGACGGAACUGUACGCAGAGGCAGAAGAGAUGCGGAUUCGAUUGUCCGCCAAGAAACAGGAGCUGGAGGAGAUCCUGCAUGAGAUGGAGGCUCGCAUUGAGGAGGAAGAGGAACGCAACGUGGUGCUGCAGGGAGAGAAGAAGAAGAUGCAGCAGCAGAUGCAGGAGCUGGAGGAGCAGCUAGAGGAGGAGGAGGAUGCCCGGCAGAAGCUGCAGCUGGAGAAGGUGACGGCCGAGGGCAAGAUCAAGAAACUGGAGGAUGAAGUCCUGAUAAUGGAUGACCAGAACAAUAAGCUGCUCAAGGAGAGGAAGCUGUUGGAGGAGAGAAUUGCGGAGUUCAGCACAAACAUGGCAGAGGAGGAGGAGAAAUCCAAGAACCUGACCAAGCUGAAGAACAAACACGAGUCCAUGAUCUCUGAGCUCGAAGUGCGUCUCAAGAAGGAGGAGAAGACUCGUCAGGAGCUGGACAAGGGGAAGCGGAAGCUGGAAGCGGAGGCGAACGAUCUCCAAGAGCAGAUAGCCGACCUCCAGGCUCAGAUCGCCGAGCUGAAAGCACAGUUGGCCAAGAAAGAGGAGGAGCUGCAGAAUGCCCUGGGGCGACUGGACGAUGAGACGGCUCAGAAAAACAACGCCCUGAAGAAGAUCCGGGAGCUGGAGGGGCACAUCUCAGACCUGCAGGAGGACCUGGACUCGGAGCGUGCCGCUCGCAACAAGGCUGAGAAAUACAAGCGGGACCUGGGGGAGGAGCUGGAGGCACUCAAGAGUGAGCUGGAGGACACCCUGGACAGCACAGCCACACAGCAGGAGCUCCGGACAAAGCGUGAGCAGGAAGUGACAAUCCUGAAGAAAGCUCUGGAGGAGGAGGGCCGCAGCCACGAGGCACAGAUGCAGGAAAUGCGACAGAAACAAACACAGGCUGUGGAGGAGCUCACUGAACAGCUGGAGCAGUCCAAGCGGCUGAAAGCUAACCUGGACAAGGCGAAGCAGGCUCUGGAGAAGGAGAACGCAGAGUUGGCCAGGGAUGUGAGCUCGCUGUCUCAGGCCAAGCAGGAGGUAGAACACAAGAGGAAGAAGCUAGAAGGACAGCUGACCGACCUGCAGGCCAAAUACAAUGAUGGGGAGAAACAAAAAGCAGAGCUGGGAGAGCGCGUCUCCAAACUGUCGAAUGAGCUGGACAGCGUAACCAAUCUCUUAAAUGAGGCUGAGGGGAAAAACAUCAAACUGAGCAAGGAUGUGUCCAGUCUGAGCUCCCAGCUGCAGGACACACAGGAGCUGCUGUCAGAGGAGACUCGUAUGAAGCUCAACGUGACCACCCGGAUGAGACAGGUGGAGGAAGAGCGAAACACACUGCAGGAGCAGCUGGAAGAAGAGGUGGAGGCCAAGAGGAACGUGGAGAGGAACAUCUCCACACUCAACAUACAGCUAUUAGAUUCAAAGAAGAAGCUGGAGGAGUUUGUGAGCUCUGUGGAGCUGCUGGAAGAGGGGAAGAAGCGCUUGCAGCGUGAUGUGGAGGCAGCAAACACACAGUUCGAGGAGAAGGCCUCAGCCUAUGACAAGCUGGAGAAGACAAAGAACCGCCUGCAGCAAGAGCUGGAAGACCUGAUUGUGGAUCUUGACAGCCAGAGACAGCUGGUCUCCAACCUGGAGAAGAAGCAGAAGAAGUUUGACCAGAUGCUGGCAGAAGAAAAGAGCAUCUCCAAUAAGUAUGCGGAUGAACGGGACCGCGCUGAGGCGGAGGCCCGCGAGAAGGAGACACGAGCUCUGUCCCUGGCCCGGGCACUGGAUGAGGCCCAGGAUUCCCGCGAGGAGCUUGAGAGGAUCAAUAAGCAGCUCCGCACUGAGAUGGAAGAUCUGGUCAGCUCCAAGGACGAUGUCGGCAAGAGCGUCCACGAGAUGGAGAAGUCGAAGCGCGCCCUGGAGACGCAGGUGGAGGAGAUGAAGACUCAGCUGGAGGAGUUGGAGGAUGAGUUGCAGGCCACCGAGGACGCCAAGCUGCGACUGGAGGUCAACAUGCAGGCACUCAAGGCCCAGUUUGAGAGGGACCUGCAGGGGCGUGACGAGCAGAGCGAGGAGAAGAGGAGACAGCUGGGAAAACAGGUGCGUGAACUUGAGACCGAGUUGGAGGACGAGCGCAAGCAGCGAGUCCUGGUGGGCACCGCCAAGAAGAAGCUGGAAGGAGAUCUCAAGGAAAUGGAAGGGCAGCUGGAAGCCGUCACCAAGGGACGAGAUGAAGCCAUCAAACAGCUCCGCAAGAUCCAGGGCCAGGUGAAAGACUUCCAGCGGGAGCUUGAGGACGCAUGCAAUGCCCGGGAAGAAGUGUUGGCCACCGCUAAGGAGAGUGAGAAGAAAGCAAAGAGUUUGGAGGCAGAGCUGAUGCAGCUUCAGGAGGAUCUGGCAGCAGCAGAGCGCGCUCGGAAACAGGCAGAGGCCGAGAGGGAUGAGUUAGCCGAUGAACUGUCCAGUAACACAUCUGGAAAGUCAGCAAUGGUGGAUGAAAAGCGACGUCUAGAGGCCAAGAUCUCUGCCCUAGAGGAGGAGCUGGAGGAGGAACAGAGCAGCAUGGAGAUGAUCAACGAUAGGCUGAAGAAAGCAGUGCAGCAGACAGAACAGCUGAACAACGAGUUGGCGACAGAGCGCAGCACUGCCCAGAAGAAUGACAGCGCCCGGCAACAGCUGGAGCGUCAGAACAAGGAGCUCAAGGCCAAGCUGCAGGAGAUGGAGGGAACCAUCAAGUCCAAAUUCAAGACCUCCAUCACCUCACUGGAGGCCAAGGUCCAAGGGCUGGAGGAGCAGCUGGAGCAGGAAGCCAGGGAGAAACUGGCAUCCGCCAAGGGGCUUAAGCAGAAGGAGAAGAAGCUGAAGGAUAUGAUGAUGCAGGUGGAGGAUGAGAGGAAACAGGCCGAGCAGUACAAAGACCAGGCGGAGAAGGUGAACGCGCGGGUGAAGCAGCUCAAGAGGCAGCUGGAGGAGUCUGAGGAGGAGGCCCAACGCAUCACCGCCGCCCGCAGGAAGCUGCAGCGCGAGCUUGAUGAGGCCACCGAGGCCAGCGAUGCCAUGAGCCGCGAGGUCGCCGCCCUAAAGAACAAGCUCAGGCGAGGGAACGAGGUCUCCUUCAGCGCUCCGCGUCGAGGAGGUGGCCGACGCGGAGUCAUUGAAGCGGACGGUUCAGACGAGGAGGCUGACAGGCAUGACAGAGAUUUCAACGGGACAAAAGCCAGCGAAUGAACCCACAACUAAAUAAAUCAUCACAUCAAACACUUUUUAUCAAACUUUACUUACUGUACCAGAUACUGUACUACCACACCAGCACUGAAAACAAAGUGCAAUACGCUGUUCCAAACACUGUGUGGCAGCAACGAGACUGCUUUGCAAUUUGAUGACUUUUUAAACUGUGCUUAAAUUAGAUUACAGCUUCAGAUCAGAUAUAAGAAUGACCUGACCAUGAAUACAAACCCACGUGCUGUAGUUAAAUAGAUAUACGUAUGGUGUGUUAUUUUAAAUAAUAGAAAAAAAAAAAACAGGUUAACAAAAUGACAGGUCAAAUGUCAUUCUACUUUAUGUCAUUUUAUGUGGCUGUUUCAAAUGAUAUCUAAAGUCUACAAUAUGACAUGAAAUAUAAUAGUCUAUUAUUAGUGAAUUAGUCUAUUUUGAUAUACAUGUGUGCAUUAAAAAGUAGAGUAAAUGUGUUGGUUCUACAUACUGGUACAUUACAUUUACCACCGUGGCUCAACUCUACAAAUUUAGAGGUGAUUUUAUUCCAAUAGUUUAUUUGGGCUGAGGGUGCAAGAAUAUAUAAAUAUCACUGCCUGUUUUGAAAUUCUGUAGUUGGCCUUGAAAUUACCUGUAAAUCCACGUAAUGCAAUCACACUGUUGGGUUAGGUAAUAGUGCCACCUGCUGGUACAAAACUGUCCACACAAGCUCCCAAACUUGGAUUCGUGCACUUGUAAUUCCCUGAAAAAUAACCUCCUCAGUUUCUAUCCCAAUCAAGUGUGUACAUUUUACAAUGUAUUGUAUUUACCACUAAUCAUCUGCCUAGAGCUGAAGUGGUUAUAACACAAUAUAAUAACAGUUAUAACACAGUGAUUGAACUUAACUCAGAUUCCAAAGCACACACAUAUACUGUAUAUAAACAUGUAGUU